AUGUCAUACGUAUCAACUACAAAUAAGGCAGACUAUCCACAAGAGUACGAUGUCGGCGAUUAUGUAGCGGUCAGAAUUAAAGGCGGUGGAAGGUUAUUCAAGAAAGUCAUGAUCGUGGCAAAGCUUAGGAAAGCUGGUGCGCAAUGGGAGUAUCAGCUGAAGGACAAAGGAGGAGAACUUUACCAAGAUGAGUCAGGGAAGGAAAAAUGGCCCACACGAAAGUCAUUAGAUGUACGUGAUAAAAUCGGAAAGAAGGCCGCAACUGACCCAAUCACUACGCCAGUGAACCAAUAUGCCCAAGGAUAUCCGCGCCUUGCAGCUUUCAACGCAAGCGAGCAAAACCAUAUGCUGUAUAGAGGUUUCAGCUAUGUCCACUCUCGUCUUCUUUUGGAUCUUCAAACCGAACUAUCAGAGCUUGAGAAGAAGCUAUAUGAGUUAGAUGAGGAAGAUGAAUUACUGGCGAAUACAAACAGCGAGACGAAAAAAAGCCCUCUACGCUCGCAAUUACUGGACGUUGCUAGAGCCAGAAGGCAACCAGAAACCACAAAGGGAACUGAGGGGCAGCAAUCCAUAACAAAGGAACCAACAAGGAGAGAUAUACUACAGGAGCUUCACAAGAAACUUUUAAAGUACGACGAACUCCUUAUCAAGGCUCGAGAGGUUGUCUCCUUUCAACGUCCCACGGAUCGCGAUUACCGGAAUGUCACAACGUGGUUCUCGAGUGAGCGUCCUCUCGUCCAGCGGGAGGAAGAGUAUAUACUGUGGAGGGAGGAUCUAGUAUCCUUACGCCAUGGUCAGGAAUGGGCUGGCUUUGACGGAAAAAUUGAAGCUACUCUUGACUACCUUAAAUGCGAUUUAAUAGAGAGAGUUUUCGGUCGUCCAGGCCGCCGCCACAAAGACGAACGCGAGUUGAACGGCAAACCUCUCAAUGGACAAGUAACCUACUUCUCAGCCUCGCGCGUAGAGAAACUAGUAGGCCUGAUCAUCACCACUCUAGUCGUAAUACUUCUCGUUAUCCCGGUGAUUGCGAUGUUGUCUCUCGGCAAACAUAACCCCGUGUUUUCAGCAAUCGGCAUCAUGAUCGGCUUCACUCUAUUGUUCGCUGCAACAAUGUCUCUCCUCACAAAAGCUCGGACACACGAACUCUUCAGCGCCAGCGCAGCUUACUGUGCCGUUCUUAUUGUAUUCAUAGCGAAUUUCAACUCGCCAAACGGCCAAGGUGUUCAAUGA